AUCUCCUUAAAGGAGGGCGACAAAAAGUGUCAGUUCGGUCUGCUGACAGGUAAAACAAUAGUUACGUGGGAGCGUGCGCCCGAGUGUAGACUCCUCUUCAUCGGCAAGGCAAUGCAUGGUGACGGAGGUGGCAUUGGUGGCGGCAUGAGCAUCAUCAAUCCCAACUGGGACUUUGCUCAAAUGGGUAUUGGUGGUUUGGACAAGGAGUUCUCCGAGAUCUUCCGUCGCACUUUCGCCUCCCGCAUGUUCCCACCUGAGGUUUCACAACAGCUCGGCAUGAAGCAUGUGCGAGGUAUUCUACUCUACGGCCCACCGGGCACGGGCAAGACGCUGAUGGCUCGACAGAUUGGGAAGAUGCUAAACGCACGGGAGCCCAAAAUCGUGAAUGGACCGUCUAUCUUGGACAAGUAUGUUGGAGAGUCGGAAGCCAAUAUUCGAAAACUAUUUGCAGAUGCCGAAGAGGAGGAGGAACGGUUGGGACCUCACUCUGCUCUACACAUCAUCAUUUUUGAUGAGAUCGAUGCCAUCUGCAAGACCAGAGGUUCAGUUGGCUCGGGCGCAGGCGUUCAUGAUACGAUAGUGAAUCAACUACUCACCAAGCUGGACGGUGUUGAUCAACUGAACAACAUCCUUGUCAUUGGCAUGACAAACCGACGCGAUAUGAUCGAUGAGGCUCUUCUUCGACCCGGUCGUCUUGAGGCAUUACAGAUGCAGUUGGAGAUCUCACUACCGGAUGAGGACGGUCGCCUACAGAUUCUCAAGAUUCAUACAGCAAAAAUGGCCGCCUCAAAGAAGCUCAGUACUGAUGUGGACCUGAAGGAGUUAGCAGCCCGUACAAAGAACUUUAGCGGUGCGGAAAUCGAAGGUCUCUGUCGAGCUGCUGCCUUCACUGCUAUGUACCAAUUUGUGAAGGCAAGUGGAGUGAUGCACUUGUCAACCCCUUCAAACUCAUUUCAUACAUGUCAUUUGGUGCAUGAAGAUAGCGUUGCUCCCUCGGGUAAGGAGAAGAUCGAUCCGGACGCCUUUGAAAAGCUUCUUGUCAAACGCUCCGAUUUUAUGUAUGCCCUUGAGAAUGACAUCAAACCGAUGUUUGGCACAGCCGAAGAGGAGUUGGCAUACUACGCACCGCGCGGUCUCAUGAAUUGGGGUGAGCCAGUGACACGCGCUCUUGCCAUGGGUGAGUUGGCGGUGCGUGCGGCGGGUGGCGGAGGAGCUGGAGGCGGUGGGAGUUCGGCGCCCGAAACUCAUCGGCCGGUCACGUUGCUAUUGGAGGGCGCACCAAAGGCGGGUAAAACUGCUCUCGCCGUGGAGAUCGCGCGUCGUUCUGGUUUUCCCUUCGUUAAAAUAAUCACUUCUCACAAAAUGAUCGGCUACACCGAGACUGCCAAGUGCAUGGCCAUCAAAAAGGUGGGUGGUUAUGUCCUCAUUAGGUUAAUCGGCCUCGUUUCUUAA